AUGCCAUACGGUAGAUCAUCAAUUUGUGCUAUAUGUAAAAAUCAACCAAGUAUAACAUCAUGUGAAGGUUGUCAACAAAAAUAUUGUUCAGCAUGUUUAUCUCAACAUCGUAAUGAAUUAUCGGUUGAACUUGAUGAACUUUUUAAUCGUCGAAAUGAACUUUUUGAAAUUAUUACUAAUUCUUCUUCAUCAAAUAAUACAACGAAUAGAAGUCCUUGUUUGGAAGAAAUUAAUCGAUGGCAAAAUGAAAUGCAUACAAAUAUCGAUCGUAUUGCAUCAACAGCACGAGAUCAUGUUCGACAAUUCUUAUCAGAAUCAAGUAAAAAUGUUCGUAUUGAACUUGAUCGAGUUUCACAAGAUUUACAACAAAGACAAAAAACUAAUGGAUAUGUUGAAGGUGAUCUUGAUCGAAUAAAACAACAAUUAACUAAACUUAAUGAUAUAGUUCAACGAUUUAAUGAACAAAUUCGAAUUGAUACAUCUAAUACAAAAAAUAUUCAAUGGGAUUCAUUGUUAGUUGUUGUACCUACUAAUGCAAAUCGAACAACUACAAAAGCAACAUAUGUUCCAACAAAUUCCACAUUGUAUAGUUCUUCUAAUCAACAAUCAAAUAGUUCAAUGCCUGUGUCUCAUCAACAAUUCAAUUCAAAUAAAUCAUCAUCUAAAUUUGGACCAUACUCAAACAAUUAUCAUUCAUCUACUAAACAAAAUCGAUCAAGUAGUAUGAAUUCUCAACCUCGUACUUAUAUAUGUAUUGGUUGUAAAACACAAAAUAACUAUAAUGAAAAUGGACGUAAUAAUUGUUCAGUUUGUCGAUUUCCUUAUACAUUUUAA